GAAGCCGCGAUAAUUGGGAAACUCGGAAAAGAGAAGCUGCCGCCGCGUGGACCCAGCCAGCUCCAGGGGCCGUGAGCGCAGCUGGAGCCUCCCCCGCCUGUUAGUUAGAGACAAAAUGCGCCUGCCAGCCUGAGCAAGGCCUGGCCUGCGGAGCGGGGCUGCCCGUGCUCCCCAGUGCUUUGCACCCGCGUGCAGCAGGCCGCCGCCUGGCGUCCUCAGAGAGGAGCCUGCUGGGCGCUCGCUGAAAACAGGAACCUGCCCCUCCGCGGGGCCCGCGCCUCCUCGUUCUCGCAGAGGAAGUGUGUGGCAUGUUUAGCAACUGCUGCUCUUCUCGAUAGCAUGGGCUUGUCUCUACCCCGCGGAGGCCCGGCCGCCCGCUCACUCUGCGGGAGCAGCAGCGGCUGACGGAGAGGCCGUGACGGGGACCCUCGCCAGCUACUCCCCAGGGCCACCAUGUCCAGCCUUUGAAGGCUCCGCGCGUCCUCCGCAGCCCGGGCAGCGAGGGACAUGGGGAACAGCAUGCGAUCCGCCCCGGCGCCGCCCGAGCCCGAGAGGCCUCUGUCCUGCUCAGACGGACUGGACAGCGACUUCCUGGCCGUGCUGACCGAUUACCCAUCUCCUGACAUCAGCCCCCCAAUAUUCCGCCGAGGGGAGAAGCUGCGUGUGAUUUCUGACGAAGGGGGCUGGUGGAAAGCCAUUUCCCUCAGCACCGGGCGUGAGAACUACAUCCCCGGGAUCUGUGUGGCCAGAGUUUACCACGGCUGGCUGUUCGAAGGGCUGGGCAGAGACAAGGCCGAGGAGCUGCUGCAGCUGCCCGACACGAAGAUCGGCUCCUUCAUGAUCCGGGAGAGCGAGACGAAGAAAGGCUUCUACUCCCUCUCGGUGCGGCACCGGCAGGUCAAGCACUACCGCAUCUUCCGCCUGCCCAACAACUGGUACUACAUCUCGCCGCGGCUCACCUUCCAGUGCCUGGAGGACCUGGUCAACCACUACUCCGAGGUGGCCGACGGCCUGUGCUGCGUGCUGACCACACCCUGCCUCACCCAGAGCACCGCUGCCCCGGCCGUGAGGGCCUCCGACUCGCCCGUCACCCUGCGCCAGAAGACCCUGGACUGGAGGAAGAUGUCCAGGCUGCAGGAGGACCCCGAGGGCGCGGGGAACCCACUGGGCGUGGACGAGUCCCUCUUCAGCUACGGCCUGCGGGAGAGCAUCGCCUCCUACCUGUCCCUGGCGGGCGACAGCGGCGCGCCCCUGGACCGCAAGAAGAAGAGCAUCUCCCUGCUGUACAGCGGGAGCAAGAGGAAGAGCGCCUUCUUCUCGUCCUCGCCGCCCUACUUCGAGGACUAGCCCAGGGCGGACGGGCAGCCGCACGGGGUGCCCAGCGGGAACAGGCUCUGGACCGUCACCUGGGGUCCAGCCGAGAGGCUCGGUCGCCUGGUCCCCGGGAACCUCACGUCUUCCAGAUGCCACGAGAAGCUGCCUGAGCUCACGCACCCACCUCCUCUGUCCACAUCGUGACGCAGGGCCCCUCCCUGGCGUCGGGCCAGUCCUGGACGUCACCGGAUGUCGACUCGCGACAUGA